GUGCCUGGGCCGCCGCGGGCCCGCACCCAGCGCGGAGCGCCGCGUACUGCUGUGGCCAGGACCGCGGGCGGGCUGGAGCGCAGACUGGCGGCCGGCCUCGGACGGGUAUGGCGGACCGGCGGCGCGCGUGGAACACGGAGGACGACCUGCCCGUGUACCUGGCGCGGCCGGGCAGCGCGGCGCAGACCCCGCGCCAGAAGUACGGCGGCAUGUUCGCCGCGGUGGAGGGCGCCUACGAGAACAAGACCAUCGACUUCGACGCGUACAGCGUGGGCCGCCGUGGCUCGGCGCGCACGCCGCGCAGUGCCGGCCGUCUGGACGCCGUCGGCCUGCCGGGCCCCGGCGGCAGCGAGGACACGGCCAGCGACGUGAGCGAGCCCUCGGGCUCGGCAGUCAGCUCUCCUGGUGAGCGCGACGAGCGGCCGCCCGCGCUGCGCAUCCGCUGCCCCGCGCCCCGCGACCUCCCACUCGGCCGGGACAAUGGCCAGAGUGACCGACUCCUCAUCAAAGGUGGACGAAUCAUCAACGAUGACCAGUCCUUCUAUGCCGAUGUCUACUUAGAAGACGGACUGAUAAAACAAAUAGGAGAGAACUUAAUUGUUCCUGGUGGAGUGAAGACAAUUGAAGCCAAUGGGCGGAUGGUUAUUCCCGGAGGUAUUGAUGUCAACACAUACCUGCAGAAGCCCUCCCAGGGGAUGACUGCCGCUGAUGACUUCUUCCAAGGGACCAAGGCAGCGCUGGCAGGCGGGACCACGAUGAUCAUUGACCAUGUGGUCCCUGAACCUGGGUCCAGCCUCCUGACCGCCUUUGAGAAAUGGCAUGAAGCAGCUGACACCAAAUCCUGCUGUGACUACUCCCUCCACGUGGACAUCACAAGCUGGUACGACGGCAUUCGAGAGGAGCUGGAGGUGCUGGUGCAGGACAAAGGUGUCAAUUCCUUCCAAGUCUACAUGGCCUAUAAGGAUCUCUACCAAAUGUCUGAUAGCCAGCUCUAUGAAGCCUUCACCUUCCUCAAGGGGCUGGGAGCUGUGAUCUUGGUCCAUGCGGAAAACGGAGAUUUGAUAGCUCAGGAACAAAAGCGCAUCUUAGAGAUGGGCAUCACGGGCCCGGAAGGCCACGCGCUGAGCAGACCUGAGGAGCUGGAGGCUGAGGCCGUGUUCCGGGCCAUCACCAUCGCCGGCCGGAUCAACUGCCCCGUGUACAUCACCAAGGUGAUGAGCAAGAGCGCCGCGGACAUCAUCACCCUGGCCAGGAAGAGAGGCCCCCUCGUUUUUGGUGAGCCCAUUGCUGCCAGCCUGGGGACGGAUGGCACCCAUUACUGGAGCAAGAACUGGGCCAAGGCAGCGGCGUUCGUGACGUCCCCUCCCCUAAGCCCGGACCCCACCACGCCUGACUACUUGACCUCCUUACUGGCCUGUGGAGACCUGCAGGUUACUGGCAGUGGCCACUGUCCCUACAGCACUGCCCAGAAGGCAGUGGGCAAGGAUAACUUCACUCUGAUCCCUGAGGGUGUCAACGGGAUAGAGGAGCGGAUGACGGUCGUCUGGGACAAGGCGGUGGCGACCGGCAAAAUGGAUGAGAACCAGUUUGUCGCUGUCACCAGCACCAAUGCAGCCAAGAUCUUUAACCUGUACCCCAGAAAAGGGCGGAUUGCUGUGGGCUCGGAUGCCGACGUGGUCAUCUGGGACCCCGACAAGGUGAAGACCAUAACAGCCAAGAGCCACAAGUCGGCCGUGGAGUACAACAUCUUCGAGGGCAUGGAGUGCCACGGCUCCCCGCUGGUGGUCAUCAGCCAGGGCAAGAUUGUCUUCGAGGACGGCAACAGCAGCGUGGACAGGGGCACGGGCCGCUUCAUCCCGCGGAAGCCUUUCCCCGAGUAUCUCUACCAGCGCGUCAGAAUCAGGAACAAGGUUUCAGGAUUGCAAGGGGUGCCCAGAGGCAUGUACGACGGUCCUGUGUAUGAGGUGCCAGCUACACCCAAAUAUGCAACUCCUGCUCCUUCUGCCAAAUCCUCGCCUUCCAAACACCAGCCUCCACCCAUCAGAAACCUCCACCAGUCCAACUUUAGCUUAUCAGGUGCCCAGAUAGACGACAACAACCCCAGGCGCACUGGCCACCGCAUCGUAGCGCCUCCUGGUGGCCGCUCCAACAUCACCAGCCUCGGUUGACCAAGGACGAGUGGAUGAGCUAGAGUGAAGGAUUCUGGGAGUAAUGUCCGUCCCUUUCCCUGUCAGUGUUUUCGAAGCCCAUAGUUUUAUUUGGUACUGAUGGGGGGACACAUUCAAUGAUGUUCUCUCCUUUUUUGUGUAGGAAGACGUGGUACUAGUCUGGUAUGUUUGCUUGGCGUUCCUUGCCCCACACUGUGUGUUCAUGCCGACUCCACCUCAGAGCAUGGUGUCUUCAUUGCCCUUAGUGAGCACAGGUUCUAGCGUCAUCUCGUCCCGUCCCUUCACUUCCCACUCCCGAGCUCCAUGAUUCUUGAGUGGUUCCUUUGCACCCUUGUAGCUGUUCUAGGAUAGUUGAUGCAUGUUACUAAGUUAUGUAUGCAAGUCUGUGAGUGCGUCUGACGGAGUAUCACCGAGGACCGAGGUAGACACUGCCAAGACCUCAGGCCCGCAGGGCACCUCCAAAACUCUUAACACGAGAUGUUUACUCAUUGCCCAUCCCAAGUCUACACUGGAGAGAAGCCUGCCCCGCCCCGCCCCGCCCCGCCCCAGCUGGGAGGCUUCCACUGCUGGCAGAGAAAUGUCAUCCAUGUCCCGUGUUUGAAACCCUGGUCUCUGUGGCACUUGUCACUGGCCAUGACGUCUUUCCGGUCUGUGUGUCCUUCCAGCCAGCCCUGGUUCAUACUCAGAAAGGGGUCUCUCGUCCCAGGUAGGGCUGACGACGGUGGGGCGGUGGCCGCUUCCAGUUGCCCGUUUCCUUGUCUCUCUGAGAAGGUUGACGGGGCAGUCAGAUUUUUAAAGUUUUGUACAAAGUUUUCCUUUGUAAUCACCCCCCCAUUUUUACUUAACAAUUGACUUAUUGUGGCUCUUAUUUCUGAAUUCAAAGCUUGUGAAAAAAUAAAAGAAAUGGCCCACCGGCCUGACUGGGG